GGAUAGCGAGGGUAAUGGGAUCCGGUGACUCACUCUGAUCCUAACAACUAGCCAAUCAUCUUACACGCCUCAGCCCCCGGCAUCGUCGGGCGAUGACAUCGAACUCAACCUUUAUUGCGAUGACUCUGUAAUUAGUGUAUCAAAAGCGGAACUAUCAAUGAUUCAUCUGACUCGAGUGAGACCUUAUAAACCACCCUUUCUGUUUUGCGCCCUUCUCGAAGAAUUACUCUUAACUCCAUCUACACCGAAAUACUCAUGUUAAAGUCCUGCGCAUGACAAAAACCAUACGCCCUUUUCUUCGUCAUCCUGUUUUUCUACUUUACGUGUUCAUUACCUUAUUCUUAGCAUCGUACUAAACUUUAUUUGGAAUUCGUUUCUUAUAAAACCCUCCAUCAUGAAGGUUGGUACACCACAUCCCAACCCAACACUCGUUCGACGUAGACGUCGUCUGGAUCCGGACGAUAGUCCACGAAAAGCCCCCAAAGACCGAGUUAGUCGACCUACAAGAGUUAGUAAGCCUCAUCUGAACCAUACUGCCCCCGUUGCCUCACGACGGAAACCUCGAUCCUCCGGUCCAACAUGGGAGGAUAACCGUCAGCUGGCGGCCGACCCCACGGUCGUGCUACCCAGCGACCGCGGUAUCUGCACACCACAGCUUAAACGCCAAGAGGCCUUUCGGGAGCCCAAGUACUACUCAGACAUUGUCGAAAAUGACGCCGAUCUAUAUAAGAUGGGUCUUUUAUACGACGAUGAGCACGUGCGCGGCUCAUAUUUCGACUUGGACGCCAUUGUUCACUCGGAACCAGUUUACUCUAUCCGCCCGGCAAAACGGGCAAAGAAGCAGCGUCAAGAUUCGUCCUACCUACAACUGGAGUUUUCAUUUGCUUCUCUCGGCUCGGAUUCAGAUCUGCAACAUUAUCUAGCCCCCGAGGUAAUUGAGAUCGCACCGUCUGCAGAGGACCUGGACGUCCCGACACUCCGGGACACCCGCCAUAGAGCCACCAUCACUGCCCCGGCGCGAUCCUACAGAGACGCAGCACUCUCAGUUAUCCACGAGCUCCCGGAGAGCUCAGCCUAUCCUUUCGACACAGCCGCCCCGGAGGCACCCGAUUUAAUUUCCGAUUCCGAAAUAGACGACGAAGAGGUCAAAGAAGAAGCUCAAGACUGGGCAGUAUUAGAUAAGACCGAUAUUUUCGACAACACAGAUGUUAACGUCGAUGCAAUAGACGCAGCCUCGACCACCGACGAACCCUGGAUAGUGCUGGGAGACGGCUCGUAGCAGAUCCGCCUGCGGGACCCCUGAUCGCCCUCGGGUCCCGACAAGCUAACGUAGCGUUGCUGCGCGGAUUGGCCCUCUACAGACCCAGCACACGGGCGAGCGUUGGUGUAUUUUCGAGGCAGGACGGUUGUGUGCUCGUGGUUAAUACCUUAGGUUAUUGACUAUUUGAGCUCGCUGUCCGCGUUGAGUGUAUCGAUAUUAAUGGUAGUGUUAAUGUAUUGGUACGCUUUGUAUUCGCGUGGGAUGUUGCGUUAGAAGGAUGGUUUCUGUUAUAAUAGUUUUGUCAUCAGCAUUGUCAGCAUUGUCAGCAUUGGUCGGCGCAUUGGAGAGGGUGCUGAUACCCCCAGAUCUUGAGAUCCAUGACUUAUUUUUGGAUUUCUUUUGUCUAUCUACCUAGGUACCUAGGUACCUAGUGUAUUAAGUGAGCUUGUUAGGAUUAUUCGAGUCAUAAAUUGUACAACAAUUAUAUAUUGCGUCUUCGUAUUCUUGUUGAUGUGCGAGUACCAGCGCGAGAUUCGCUGAAGCUAAUGGAUUAAUCGCCGAUUUAGGGAAUGAAACCGCCUAAAAUACCUAGGUACAGGCAGCUCAGGUAUAUCCACAGCUGUGCGGGGAUGCUGAA